AUGUCGCGGCCUUCAACCUCAAAACAACCAGCCGAAGACUUCACAGAUAUAUUGUCGCAGGAGCAGCUGAAGUCCAUGUCUGAUCUGGACAAGGAAGAAGAAGCCAGGCUGGCAAAGACACAUCGGGCCAAGGCGGUGAAGAUGGGUGUGGGGAUUUGUCGGUGGGUUGGGAAACUGGCGAAGAAGAAUGAGAGUCGUGUCAAGAAGGACGAGGAGGUCAAGUGA